CCAGUCGACAAACCGUCAAGAUGGCUGUUGGAAAGAACAAGAGAUUGUCCAAGGGCAAGAAGGGCCUCAAGAAGAAGACUGUCGACCCCUUCUCUCGCAAGGAUUGGUACCAGAUCAAGGCGCCUGCCCCCUUCGCCGUCCGAGACGUCGGCAAGACCCUUGUCAACCGCACCACCGGUCUGAAGAACGCCAACGAUGCGCUGAAGGGCCGCAUCCUCGAGGUUUCUCUCGCCGACCUCCAGAAGGACGAGGACCACGCUUUCCGCAAGGGCAAGAACUGCCUGACCAACUUCCACGGCCUCGACUUCACCUCCGACAAGCUUCGCUCUCUUGUUCGCAAGUGGCAGACCCUCAUCGAGGCCAACGUCACAGUCAAGACCACCGACGACUACCUCCUCAGACUCUUCGCCAUUGCUUUCACCCGCCGCAGGCCGAACCAGGUCAAGAAGACCACCUACGCCGCUUCCUCUCAGAUUCGCGCCAUCCGCCGCAAGAUGGUUGAGAUCAUUCAGCGCGAGGCAUCUACCUGCACCCUGACCCAGCUCACCAACAAGCUCAUCCCCGAGGUCAUUGGCCGUGAAAUCGAGAAGUCUACCCAGGGCAUUUACCCCCCCCAGAACGUCCAUAUCCGCAAGGUGAAGCUUCUCAAGUCCCCCAAGUUCGAUCUGGGCUCCCUUAUGGCUCUCCACGGCGAGUCUGUCACCGACGAGCAGGGUCAGAAGAUCGAGCGGGAGUUCAAGGAACGCGUCCUUGAGGACGUGUAAAGAAUGAUGACGACAUGGUCGGAGACGGAAACGGCAGCAGGAAGACUCCGGCUUCUUUUUGGCCGACAAUCAGCUUCGGCAUUUGUUUCAGUCGUUGCACAUGGCGUACCAUACAGGCGGCUGCGGGUCUAGGUUACCGAAAAAUGGUAAACGGUCACAAAACAAGAAUCUGGGGCAUCGUAUCGUGAGAGACUCGAAGUACAUUUCGCCAG